UUGUGUGUGAUUUAGAGCCUGCAUGGCCUGCCUCCGCAUUUCCUUUAAACACCUACGUGUGCUGGAAGUCAUAAAAAGUUAACUGUACGUCCAUACUGAAGACCGAGAUAUGUACAAAUCACUGACCUUGAUUAAAGGCUGCACUUCUUUUAACCACUGAAGUGCUACAGAUAUUGCUGUUAGCGCAGAUAAAAAAAAAAAAAAGACAGAAUAUGAUCUGAAAUUCUUUUUUUGUAUUUUGACUCUAAAUUGUGGGAUAAAUACUGUCUGUAUGUAUCUGCACUGCUCUGUAAUAUGUACACCUUCCUCUUUUCCUCCUGCCUGGCAGCUCCAUGUCCAACAUUCUCCUACCAAUAUACUCACUCUCCCUCCUCUGGACAUGUCCAAACCAUCUUAAUCUGUCCUCCCUAACUUUGUCCCCCAAACGUCCAACAUGAGCCGUCCCUCUGAUGUACUCGUUCCUAAUCCUGUCCAACCGUCUCACUCCUAAAGAGAACCUCAACAUCUUCAGCUCUGCUACCUCCAGCUCUGACUCCUGUCUCUUCCUCAGUGUCACUGCCUCUAAACCAUACAGCAUGGCCGGUCUCACCCCUGUCCUGUACACCUUCACUGAUAUUUUUCUAUCACAAAAUAUUCUGGAUACACAAAACAUCUAAAAAUUAUUUAAUGAUGUUCAUUUUCUGCAGUAAUACAAAAUCCAGUAGAAAACUCCUAUUGCCUUUUUGUCGGGGAAACGUUACAAAUAGUGACACGUCCUAAGGAAACAUGAUAAUAUGUUCAGCUACCUAUAUAAUCACAGUGGUCAUGUGGUGUACCAAAAUCAACAGCAAAAAAAAUCGUCCAUCCUACACCAAAAAAUAUUUUUGGAUCAAAAAAUAUCAGAAUAGUCAGAAUAUUUGCAAACAAGGCCAAUGAAAUGUUUGCGAAAAUGGGGUUUGCUGAAAGACAGGGAAAUAGAGAAACACUAGUUACUGUAAACGUAUAAAUGUAGAAAUACCAUAACAACUACCCAGCAACAGCCCGUUAACUCACUGGAAUUCAUUAAAAAUAGAUAUGAAUGCUUACGUAAUAAAAAAAAAAGGUCAUAUGAUGCUGUAUAUGAUCCUUAUGCGGGUUACGUAGAUAAAUAACAACUCUGUCACUUACUGAGGAAUACUAACAGAUUGAACUCAAAAGCUACUGGUUGCUGUUUUUGUCUUCGUAAUUUUUCUCAAUUUUAUUUCCCCCAAAUUUCAGCUAUCAUGUUCUGCACCCAGAUAAUCAGCCACUUGGGAACAUUCAUCUUUAUACUGAUGUUUGUUCCAGUGUCUCCAAAACCUAAUGGCCAUAAAGUGGUGAAUGUAAACGACCCCGUCCUGCUCACCUGCAACCAACCCUGUGCAGGAGACGUUAAAUGGAUGCUUUCAGAUCGUCCUGGUCUACUUGUGAGAGAAUGUAAGAGUGGCGUUUGUGUUGAAGGCCACGCUUUUGAGAACCGAACAAGGCCUGUUCAAGGAGAGCCGUCUCUUCACCUGAACCCUGUCAUGUACAACGACAAGGGCUGGUACAUCUGCUACUGUGACCACUCACAGAUAUGCCAGUUCUAUCUGGAUGUAGUGUUCUCAGGUGUGAACAGCGUUUGUGUCGGAGAGAAUGUGACUCUCCGUUGCUACGCUUCCACGGACAAGACGAUCCGUGACAACGACAUCAGUGUUCAGUGGGAAAAAGAUGACCAAACUGUUGUGACCCUUCAGCAGGGGAAGAUGAUCUAUGGUCCAGUGUUCGAAGGUCGUGCCUUGAUUACAGCGAGCCAGUAUAAAAACGGAGAUCUGUCCCUGACCAUUCUCAAAGUCCAGCAGUCUGACAGAGGGACAUAUCGCUGUAAACACCGACAUGAGGAACCUGGUCAGCCAGAGGCCGUGACUCUCAGCGUCCGUGAGUGUUCAGAGACUGCAGCAGUAAAGCAGUGCACUUUUCCAUGGUGGGGAAUUCUUCUUUCUGUGAUUGCAACUAUUUGUGUUGUUUGUUGUGCUCCACUUUCCUACAAACGUAUAAUUCGGAGAAACCAAAAGAGGUGUGUUGAAGAAAAGGCUGAUGAUAAAGAAAAGAUGAAGAAAAUACUGAUGAUGAAGCCAAUAUCCAAUAUAAUGUAUGCUUCAAAUGGUGACUGUGUAUUCAAGCUCACAUAGCAUAUAUAAAAAAUGAUAUUUCUGCGAGUUUUGCGAAGAAAUCGCGAAGAAAAGAAGCCGAGCUACCAGAUGAGUAACCGAGGCUCUCACUGCUCCAGGCAUAUUUGAACACGUUGGUCACGUGAGGCAAUCGAGGUAGAUAAACGUAACCAGAAGAGCUGUCCAGAAAAUGCAGAAUAACCUUUAGUAGAGUAACCUUUAAUAAUCUGGAUACAGUUCCCUUUAGUAACUCUAUCCAGGUCUCAAUCGUUACUCUUGCCGCAUCCGUUUCAUCUGUACAAGGCCUCCUGAGCGAAGGUUAAGCGAUGUGGAACACGCAACAGCCACAAACAAAAGGCCCCUCAGUCUCCUCAAUCUUGAACAUACAGAGAAAUUAUAACAGGCCGCUUGAGUGGACUGAGUGACGGAGCUGAAGGUCAGGACGGGGUCACUUUUUUUUAAGGCUAGCGUUCUUGAAGUCAUCGCUAUGAUAACUGUUGAGGCUGUAGAAAUAAGGAAUGAAACCCUAAAGGUACUGUGAGAAUGGAAACCAGCUCCAUUGGAUACCACAGGGACCAAAAAACAAAACAAACAAAAAACAUAUUUAGAUAUAGGAAUAGCUACAUUUAGAUCAUGUAUUCACAUUCCACUAGUUCUCUUACAGUAGCUUUUUAAGAUAAGAUAGACCUUUAUUCGUCCCACAGUGGGGAACUUUCCAAAUAUGUUGAGAUAUGAAAAUAUAUACAAAAUAAAUGGUUGAGAAAAUUUAAAACUUUGUUUAGCCAAUCAAAUUUGUUUCUUCAUGCAAUAAUGAUUGUCUGGUUAUGCUAAUAAAUAUAUAUUUCUCACAGCAAACAAUAAGGACU